AUGACCGGCUUUAAUGGUGCAACAACGGUUACUGUGGGCACGAUAGAUCUCGAUGUCUACUCCCCACCUGUUGUCUGCUUGCAAACAUUCAUGGUCAUUGAUGAGGUCUCACCUUACAACGGCAUUCUGGGCAGGGUAUGGAUUGGCAAGAUCAACGCCAUCACCUCUGCCACCCAUCAGAAAAUACGAUACCCAAUCCCUGGGGGCAGUGUCGACCAAAUCAACAGCGAUCAGACAAUGGCGAGGAAAUGCUCCGCCUAA